GGCCGCUCGCCCCAGGCAACCGCGGCUCAUUGGAGUUUUCAAGAUGGCGGAUUUCCACCAUGACUUGGAGAAGGCACAUCAAGUAAACGACAGUGUCACGAUACACAGAAAGCUCAGCAAAGAAGAACUCUGGCGGAUUGAGCAUGAAAAGCUACACGCUAAACACAAGGGCCACGAGGCCAUGCACAUGGAGAUGGUUCUCAUCUUGUUUGCCACCCUUAUCGUUGCACAGAUUGUUCUCGUCAAAUGGAAGAAGAUGCAUUUCAAAUCUUAUCAGACUGUCACCUUGGUUGGUAUGUGGCUUAUUCCUGUCUACUUUAAUGUCAAGCUUCACUACUGGCGGAUGAUGGCAGUAUGGACCGUCUUCUCAUUAGCUACUGCUUUUAUUGUAUACAAAGCCACCAGGCAACCUGUAUCCACAACAACCCCAAGACUUGUUUACAAGUGGUUCUACUCUGUUCACAAGGUGACCUAUGCACUGGGCAUCGCCGGCUAUCUAGUAAUCAUGUUUACUCUACUUGGGCUCAACCUCAUGUUUAUGGUUAGACCAGAAACCUCCAUGGAGUUUGGUAUUGUUGUCAUGUUUUAUGGACUCUACUAUGGUGUGCUUGGAAGAGACUUUGCUGAAAUAUGCUCAGACAAGAUGGCUUCAAAAAUUGGAUACUACAGCACAACAGGACUCCCAAGCAGAAGUUUAGAGACAAACAUCUGUGCAGUCUGUGGUCAACACCUGAUUAUAAAUACUGUUGAUGAAGAUGAGAUGCCGGAGAAGACAUACAAGCUGUCAUGCGGACAUGUCUUCCACGAGUUCUGUAUCCGUGGCUGGUGUAUAGUCGGCAAGAAACAGACUUGUCCAUACUGCAAGGAGAAGGUUGACCUCAAACGGAUGUUUUGCAACCCAUGGGAGCGGCCCCACGUACUGUUUGGUCAGUUGCUAGACUGGCUGCGCUACCUCGUCGUAUGGCAACCUGUGAUCAUCGUCACUGGAAUGCCGGGGACUCGCUGACGUACCGGCGAGGGUACUCCUUCAGCACUAAGGACCGCGACAACGAUAUAGAUCGAUUCCCGUGCGCGGCAGACACGCAUAACGACUGCUACUCCUCUACCAUAAGAAAAACUGCGUUUCCUCAGGGCACAAGGGCUUGGUCUGGAGUACUGAAAAGGCCUAGGCUACUCCUUGUAAUGCACCGAGAUGAAGAUUUGACCUGCCGAUUUUACGCCCAACUGAUUCCAGGAGGAAAACGCUCGUAUGAAACUGAAAUAAAAGCAAAAAUACACUAAUACUUCCUGAAUGAGA